AGGAAUCGCGACAAAUUUUCUCCCAAAUUCUUCUUCCACUAUUUUUAACUGUUUUUCUCUGAAUUAUUAUUCUCAAUUUUCCUCCCACUUUCUCUCUAUACAAACACCAAACAUCGCACGUUCAGCGAUCUCUUAUUUUCAAUCUGAUAAAAAAAACAUUGUUUAGCGCAACUCUUUCUUCAUCGAAUCUAAAAGGAAAAAGCCUUUGAUUUCGCUCCCUGGGAAUAUUGAUUGCUUUUGGUUUCUUUUUUGGGUUUUAGCGGAGUUGCUGAGUUUCGAGAAUGUUCUUCUCGGGUGAUCCGACUACUCGGAAACGGGUUGAUUUGGGCGGUCGGAGCUCCAAAGAGAGAGAUAGGCAGAAACUUCUUGAGCAAACGCGUUUGGAACGCAACCGCCGUCUUUGGUUGCGCCAGCAAAAUUCUGCAGCUCUCAAGAUUCAGAAAUACUUCAGAGGGAGAAAGGUAGUGGAAGUUGAACGAGCCAAGGUGCGAGAGCAGUUCUACAAAAAUUAUGGACAGCACUGCCAUCAUGUAGACAGGCAUUGUUUUGGUCCAGACUCAGAGUUUCUCCGCCAGCUAAUUUUCUUUGUCAAUGCAUGGAAUAUGAAUGAUUUUUCUGUUCUUGUUGAGACUUGCCGAUUCAUUCAGCAUUUUGUUCGAGAAAGUGGGGAUGUCGUGGAACUCUUUGCAGGCACAGACUACUUAUCCAAUCAUUCUUUGGUUGUCUACAGGUUGAAGCGACUCUCAUUUGCUUGCAUUCAGGCUAUACAUCACAACAGAAAUCAAUUGAAAGAUCAACUGUUGAUGACGGGAGAGGAGCCUAGUGCAUCAACAGCCAUAUUGCUUCAAGCAUUGGUUUUGAUAUUAGACCCUAAACUGCCAUGGGCUUGUAAGACAGUUGGUUAUCUCUUGCAAAGAAAUGUAUUCUCUCUGUUUAGAGAAGUUAUUUUAACUGCAAAGGAAAACAUAAAUGCUAAUGGUUCUUUUGGGAAAGUAUCUGCGUUAGAGCAUGUGCUUGCUUGUAUGAUUUCUCAUGUUGGUCAGAGUCCAUGUAUUUGCACAAAUGUGGAUCCCCAGUGGAGUUUCUCAUUCCAAAUUCUUACAAUCCCUUUCUUAUGGAAAAAAUUCCCAUACUUAAAAGAGGUUUUUGCUUCUCGGAGCUUGACCCAAUACUACACUAAUCAGAUGGCUUUGUGUGUGCAAAACCAUGCUAAUGUACUUCCCACUGAUAUGUUGAAUGAGUUUCCUGGUUAUGCCUGCAUUCUUGGUAAUAUAUUAGAAACAACAGGUGCUGCUUUAUCUCAGCCCGACUGCUCAUUUGAAAUGGCCUUAGACCUUGCAGCAGUUACAACAUUCUUAUUGGAAGCUCUUCCUCCUAUAAAAUCUUCAAGCAGAGAAAGUUCUACAGUUGGGGAGGAUGACAUGAUAAUUGGUGAUGAAUCAGUGGAAAUUGUUUUGGAUGAUAAUUUGCAACAGCAGAUAACAAAUGCUAUUGAUUCACGUUUUCUUGUGCAAUUGACUAAUGUGUUAUUUGGAGGGAUUUCCACUGCCCAUGGUUCACAUAAUGAAGUCCCAGAUGAUAAGGAGGUGGCAGCUGUUGCAGCUGCGUGUGCUUUUUUGCAUGUUACAUUCAAUACUUUACCUCUAGAGAGAAUCAUGACUGUUCUAGCAUAUAGAACUGAACUUGUUCCAGUGCUUUGGAAUUUUAUGAAGCGAUGUCAUCAAAAUCAAAAGUGGUCGUCCUUGCCUGAGCGCUUUUCAUAUCUUCUGGGAGAUGCACCUGGUUGGCUGCUACCUCUGUCUGUUUUUUGUCCAGUGUACAAGCACAUGCUUAUGAUAGUUGAUAAUGAGGAGUUCUAUGAGCAGGAGAAGCCUCUGUCUUUGAAGGAUGUCAGAUGCCUAAUUGUCAUUCUGAGACAGGCUUUGUGGCAGAUCCUAUGGGUGAAUCCUUCAGCUCACCCCAGUUCUGGGAAAUUCAUCUCCAACACUUCUGGUCAUAAGAAGCACCCUGUUGAAGCUAUUCAAAGUAGGGUUGGUACUGUAGCCUCUGAGCUGCUAUCCCAGUUGCAAGAUUGGAAUAACCGGCGGCAGUUCACUCCCCCUAGUGACUUCCAUGCUGAUGGUGUAAAUGACUAUUUUAUUUCUCAGGCUGUAAUGGAAGGCACAAAAGCGCAUGACAUAUUGAAGCAAGCACCUUUCUUGAUUCCAUUCACUAGCAGAGUUAAAAUAUUCACUUCACAACUAGCCUCAGUCAGGCAUAGACAAGAGGCUCAUGGUGUUUUUACCAGAAACCGGUUCAGAAUACGAAGGGAUCAUAUUCUGGAAGAUGCGUAUAAUCAGAUGAGUGCAUUAUCCGAAGAGGAUCUUAGAGGACUGAUUCGUGUAACAUUUGUCAAUGAAUUUGGAGUGGAGGAAGCUGGUAUUGAUGGCGGUGGAAUUUUCAAAGAUUUUAUGGAGAAUAUUACUCGAGCUGCAUUUGACGUGCAGUAUGGGUUAUUUAAGGAAACAGCUGAUCACCUUUUAUACCCAAAUCCUGGAUCAGGAAUGAUACAUGAACAACACCUCCAAUUUUUCCAUUUCUUGGGAUCACUCCUUGCUAAGGCCAUGUUUGAAGGAAUUCUUGUAGAUAUACCAUUUGCAACAUUCUUCCUGAGCAAAUUGAAACAAAAGUACAACUAUUUAAAUGAUUUGCCUUCCUUGGACCCUGAGUUAUAUCGUCACCUUAUUUUCUUGAAGCAUUAUAAAGAGGACAUUUCAGGGUUGGAGCUCUACUUUGUAAUUGUGAAUAAUGAAUAUGGAGAGCAAACAGAAGAAGAGCUGCUUCCAGGAGGCAAAAACAUUCGUGUUACUAAUGAGAAUGUUAUCACAUUUAUUCACCUUGUAUCUAACCACCGAUUGAAUUUUCAGAUACGACAACAAAGUACACAUUUCCUUAGGGGAUUUCAGCAACUUAUGCGGAAAGAGUGGAUUGAUAUGUUUAAUGAACAUGAGUUGCAGCUUCUGAUAUCAGGUUCACUUGACAGCUUGGAUGUUGAUGACCUACGACAGAACACUAAUUAUGCAGGGGGCUAUCAUGGUGAGCACUAUGUCAUUGAUAUGUUUUGGGAAGUCCUCAAAAGCUUUUCUCUGGAAAACCAAAAGAAAUUUUUGAAGUUUGUGACUGGUUGUUCCCGAGGACCGUUGCUGGGAUUCAAAUAUCUUGAACCUUUAUUUUGCAUACAAAGAGCCGCAGGAAGUGCCUCUGAAGAAGCAUUGGACCGGUUACCAACGUCUGCGACUUGUAUGAACCUUUUAAAGCUUCCACCAUACGGAAGCAAAGAGCAACUGGAAACCAAAUUGCUAUAUGCUAUAAAUGCAGAUGCUGGUUUUGAUUUGAGUUGAGUUGUACUCUACAUAUGCAACUCGACACGUAGACAAAGACCGGCUCCGGUGUCAGGUUUGAGUGAAGUAUAUGUGCACAUCGGUAAUUUAUAUUCUUAUAUAUCGGAAUUGGAAUGUCAGAAAUUUUCUAACUGAUACCAUGAGAGCUGGAAGGGGGGAUGAAUGGUUGUUGAGACCAAAAGGCCAAGAACCAUAACAGUGAGUAUUAAGAUAAGUAGGUAAGUUAGCCGUGUGGUUGCUGCUUGGUUACUGGGAAAAUGUAGAAACAAACAUGGAGUUAUCGACAGUGUGUGUAUUCUGUUUUAAAAUGUAGAUUCUGAAUCUACAAUAUUUGCAAGAUGACCCUUGCAGGGUCAGAUGGCCAGGGUAGUGCAGGGUCUAGGUGAUACAAUUAUUCUUGUAUUAUCAUCAUUUGUAAAUGAGUAACAUCAUCAUCUUCAUCAUUAUCAUAAUAAUUUAUAAUAAUAUCCAUUUGUCUGCUCUGA